AUGAGGGAAGCCUUGCGCAGAGCCGCUAGCAACCGCUGGGAUGAAAUGACGCCAGAGCAGGCCGUGGAAGAGGUGAGCCCAGUGCUUCGUGCGGGAGCAGAGGCGGUGGCAGAGUCCCUCGCAACAGGAAAGCCUUUGAAAGACACCAGGUUGUCCGUAACCUCUCAGGCGCUCGAGCCUUUGCAGGCGACGCCUGACUUGGAUUUCAUCGGGCAUUUGACCUCUGUCGUGGCAUCCCUUCGUUCCUUCUUAUUGGCCUACCUGGCCAUCACAGCCACAGAUUAUCCUGCUUUUGGCGCUGCCAGCCAGUGGAGCUUCCAGUGGAUGUGGCCCAUUCUGCUUCGGAAUCUGCUGGCCACUUGGGUGAUCUGUGGAUUCUGGGACUGGUUCCUGUACUUGUCUCCCAUGAAGGAGGUGCUGCGGCCUUUCAAGAUGAACCCGAAGUAUCCCCCAGUGGCCCAGCUACGGCACGACGCCGUGGCCACCAGCGUCGCCAGCUGCUGCGGCACUGCGGUGGAGAUCUUUCUGUGCCGCGCCUGGGCCACUGGGCAGCUGGCCAUGCAGCCGACCCUGCAGGAGGCGCCCUUGUGGACCCUUUUUUGGGCUGCCACGAUUGUUCACUGGCGCAUCCCUCACUUCUACUUGAUGCACAGGGCGCUUCAUCCGUGGAGGACUACACACGUGCCCGAUGUCGGCAAGUUUCUGUACCGCCACGUGCACGCCCAGCAUCACAAAUCCUAUUUACCCACGGCCUUCUCUGGGACCAACAUGCAUCCAGUGGAGGCAACUCUCUAUUGUCUCAUGCCCUCGCUGUUUAUGGCCUACAUGUUGCGUCUUCACCCUGCCAUCCCGUUGGGCUGCAUGAUCGAUUGCGCUGUUGGGGCCUGGCUUGGGCAUGAUGGUUUUCGAUGGCCGGGGGCUGGAGACUACUUCCAUCAGCUUCAUCAUGAACACUUUGAUUGCAACUAUGGUGCGCAACAUGUACCCAUUGACAAAUGGCUGGGGACCUAUUGCGGCAGCAAGGAGGACCUAAAGAAAGUUUGGCACAAUGCACCUGCGGGGAAAUCCGCAAACCUUCAGGAUACGUCUGUUUGGACUUGCAAGUUGGCCGUGCCACUCGAGCAGGCCUUCCUGGCGGAAAGCCCUGAUGCCAGCGAAGAAGCGCAGGCCCGAUGCCGAGCCAUACGCGAAGCUUUCGCUGAGGAGCUGGAAAUGGCCGUGAAAGCGGACGCAGCAGCUCAAGCACAAAAGCUCAUAUUUGAGGAGCUUAGCGAGGUGGAUACCCGCCCCGUCCUGCGUGUGGAAGUGAGAGGCACCGCAGGCAGAUCGCUCAUCGACCGUGCUGUGGCAGUUGGAUCCAAGCCUGAGUGCGAUGUGCAGGUCUUUGGUGACGAAGGUGUUCGACCCUUACAGUUCCUGGUGGUGUCCCUCUCUACUUGCACGGUCAUCGCCGAUUUCAGUGGAGAGACCUGUGCCACAUGGCGCAGCAGCAUGCGACAGCACGAACACAACGGUCUGGGUGUACCAGGCGCGACAUUUAUGAUUGCGCCAGGGGAAAGAGUCGUCCUGCAAGUGGGUCACAGUUGUGUGGCGCUUGGACCACCUGCAUCGAAUCCCAAAGCUUGGAAGAAAGCUGCUCGAACCUUUGGCGAGGCCUUCAGCGAGGAUUUCCCAGCUAAGAGUGCCAAGAAGUGCCUUAAGUCCUCGUCUGCAAGUGUCUUGGCUUCGGAUUUCAGUGAGAAAUCCAAAAAUCUGGCGGGGCACUUUCUGUGA